CAAUGUGUUCCUUGACCGUAAAGGAAGCUUCAUCGGUACAAGAAAUAUGUAGAAAUGGUCCGCAUAUACUGGACCUUCCAUUUUCUCUCUUCUUCUUCCUCCCCCUUAAUAAUAAUAAUAAACAGCCAUUGAAGCACCACCUCAAAGCUAACAUCCACCCUUUUUUAAAAAAAAAUCUCCAAUAAAAACCCUAUGCAAAACCUUUCUCUUCUUCUACAACCCUAAUGAAUCUCCUCAACAAUGGCCAUCAAAGUUAGCACCCAAUACCUUUUCACCACCCUUCUUUCCCUCUCCUUAUUGCUUUUAUUCUUCGGCUGCUCCACUUCGUUCGCCGAUGACGUUAAUAACGGCCGCACCACUUCGAGCAACCGGAAAAUUUUGGCGGCUACCAAAUUCGACUUCACCCCAUUUCUACAUCAUCAUCACAAUCAUCAUCGAUGGCAUCGUCCGAGACACGUUCCGGUUGACAACAUCCGACGACCCGAACCUUCCGGUGACGAGAUUGAUCCGCGUUACGGCGUCGAGAAACGGCUUGUUCCGACGGGUCCAAACCCAUUGCACCAUUGAGGUUUUUCUCCUCUUGUUUUUCUAAUUGUAUGUUUUUUUUUUUUUUUGCAAUGUAUCAUCUUAAUUAUUUUUUAUAAAUUGUAUGAAUUUUAAAUAUACUUGUUCAAAAUUCCAUAAAAUCUUAAAUCAGAUACAGUGCUGAAAAAGAAAACUAUUGGAUCUCUCGUUUAUUUAUUUUAUUAUUACUAAUGUUUGUAAUUUUGGGAUACUAAUUAUGUGUAUAAUAAUUACAAUCUUAUUUUAGCAGUUAAA